ACAAAAGAGUUAACAGAUUAAAACACCAGGUGUAAAUGGGUAUACGUCUCCCUCGUCUGCUUGUGAUCUGAUUUACCAAAACUCAUCUUAAUACCAGGUCUUAAUAAUAGGUCUACAUCUCUCCUCCAUCCAUACUGGCCAAAGGUCUUCACAAGCAUUCACAUGUAUCAUGGCAUACACCUGAUGGAAAGUAAACCCUCAUGACACCAUUCCAAUCCUAAAUGCAGCUUCCCCCCAGCAUAUGAGUCAUCGUGCUGGGUGAUGUUAAUGUUAAGGUUACUGCUGCCUCAAAUACAGAUUUCCACAGCAGCCCAAAGUGUUUUAAACAAACAGAGGGAAGAAAGUGCUAGAAAGAGUCUGGGUGAAUAAACAAGCCGAUGUACCCGUGACCUUCAGAAACUGCUGGGAGGCACUUGAUGACUGAAGAUUGUCACUUUGCUGUGACAUAUUCACAGCCAGACUUCAGUAAUCUCUGGCCUGCAAUUUACCAUUCCAACUAAGAGCUCUCCAUUUUUUAUUUUCUUUGUCUCACUGUGCCUCUUUGUUUCUUACUCUAAGUAAAUUCACUGCACAGAAUAAAAGGAGUCUUGGAAUCUAUUAUUUCACACUCUAUCUGUGUGGCCAUGAGUGAUGUGCAGGUUCACACUGGCUCUAAGAGUUCUAAAUGCUUUUUGCAUAAUGGAUCUUAGAGUAUUCCAUAAGGGCUUUGAAUAUUCUGUUUACUAAUCAAGUAAUUUACAUAAGCCAAGAUUUUAACAGAGAGACUCUGUUAGCAAUUGCUUUACUAGCAAUGUACAAUAACAGUUACAUGUGAAUUAAUGACUAAGAAAGCAUACAUACGAGUCGGAUGAAACAAAGAAGUAAUUCAAUUUGCAAUACAAAUUGGUGUAAACCUACAUUUCAAUGGCAUUCUGUGGGUCUUAAAUGUUAUCAGAAAUGGCUCGUUUAUAGUUGGUUGGUUAUAGCUGCAGCUCUACAACUAUUUGAAUUUAACCAUUUAGAAAGUCUAAAAUACUAGAAUAGCUUCUAUCCUUAUGGGGUCUUUAAUCCUCUGAAAGAGUUCAUUGUUCAAAGUUAAUUUUGAUCAAUAUCCCUAAGCAUAUUAAAGGCAAUUAUUGUGUGAGCUUGUCACAAUGUAAUGUAACUUGUUUAAUUGUAGAGAUGGUCAGAGAGAGGGUGAAAAAUAGUCAUCAACUAAUAAUAACUAAAUGAUAACAGUUUUUGACUAAAUAAAUAAAAGAAGGCGAAUUAAAAACGUGACUAACAUUAUAAGUGUACCACGGAGAUUUGAAUGUUGGGUUACACUUAAUUUCGAUGGUCCACUUUUAGACAUUCUACUAACUAUAAGUAAAUUGUCAUAUAGGGGAGAUCAGGGAUGAAAGUAACACCUUUUGUUUGAGCAUCGGUAACUCAGUGUUUUUUUUGUGCUAUAUCUCUCAAAAUUGGACACAUAGUAGCCACAUUUGUCUGCUAUAUAUAUAACUCAUUUGGACAUGUACAACACAAUCACAGAUUAUGUGAGUUAAUCUCAAACACAAAGAGUUCCAUUGUUACAACCUACCCCACUACUGGGGAUAGAUGUAACAAUGAGAGCUUAUUUGCUGAAAUAAGAUCCACACAAUCUAAUUUUAUGCAAGAAUGUUAUUGAAGAACAAAGAAUAAUCAGUUUUGAAUAAAGUGAACAAUUUAAAGUAACAAAAAAGCAUUGUAUUGUAUUUAUUUAAGAACAUUAAAUUUAGCACAAAAACAACUGCUGUGUGUGUUUGUGUGAGUGUGAGUGUGAGUGCGUGUGUACUGUAUUCCUGUCACAUAACAGUUCAGUCACUUGUUAUAUUGCCAUCCACCUAUUUUAUGUGAAUUUUGGGAUAUCACAUAAAAAACGCUGCACUGUAAACCCAAAUAAGUUGGCAAAACUCAAAAAAAUUGAGGCAAUCAGUUGCCAAAAUUUUUAAGUUAAGAAAUUCAAAGUCGAAGUAAGCAGAACUGGCAGGUUUGUUUUUUUGUACUCAUACAUUUUAAUUGUUCUUAACUUGAAUUAUUUGAGUACACUAAUUCAUACAUUUAACUUUAAAUUAUCAUGUAACCUCAUGCACCAUUUUUCACCAUGAUGGUAGCUCUCCAAAAACCCAUAACUGAAACUCAUCUAAAUUAGCAUAACGAAACAUUAAUCACUACUAAAUCUCGCAUUUUGAUUUAUUUAUUUUAUUUAUUUAUUUAUUUUUUUUUUUUGCGUGUAUAUGUCCAUUCGAGGUACAAAUAGACGCAGAAGAGAAUGGCAUUCGGUGUUCACAUGAAUCUGCGCGCACAUAAAUCAGCCGCACAUUCUGAGUUCUCUUUCGUGCCAUCUUGCUCUCAAAUGAUUUAAAAUCUCUUGAAUGUUUAAAGUGACAGGACCUAAAACACGUUCAAAUGAUAAACUUUCAUUGUAUGAUGGUCAAACUUUGCAGUUAAUCAGAGAAUCACCUGCGUUUUGAACUGUGGUGUCUGGUCCGUAUGGAUUAACAGUCCCUACUAGACAUCGCAGACUGCGCACAUCGCGAUUUCGAUGCUAAAAUAAUAUAUCAUGCAGCCCUAUAAUAAACCAUAUAAAUCAUAAUAAAAAGCGCACAAGCGCACAAAUAAAGCUUAUUACCACAGCACACCGGGAUAAUGAUUAUGAAUGUGUCGGGGGAAAACAGCAAGGAGACUGCUUUAACAUUUUAAUAAUUAAUUGAUAAACUAGUGUUUUCUUUUUCUUUUCUUUUUUUCGACUGCGUCCACAGUAGUGGACUCAACUAUAUACAUAUUUCAUAUGGAUUAUAUAACCAGUGAAUAUUUGUUUUCCAUUAGAAUUGGUUUAACAUUUAACAUUUAAUUUGACAUUUAACUUUCUGUAGAUAUAUUUUUCAUGUCUGUGAGGCAAGUUUACAUGGAGUUUCUGUUCUUUCUUUUUUUUUUUUUUUUUUUUUGGCGCGCUCAAGUUCACAGAGAGAGGUGGCAGAAAGCUCACCCUUUUUGCUUUCAUUAUUUUACAAAAACAAGUUUUGUUGUUAUUGUGAGUGCACACAAAUAGAAGUAGACAGUCACAGAUUCAAAAGGUGUAUUACUCUUAUCUGUUUGACCAAAAAUGACAGAGUAUUUUAAGUGCAAGUGAUCGCACCAGCGCCACCAUGUUAGCUGUCAUGCAGUAAGAGGGGGCUACUAUUCAGCUUUCACACUCCGCACAAACACUUGAAUAGCCCACAUUUUUGUAGGUUAACAUUAAAGCGAAGGGCCAUGUAAAGUUGCUACUACUUACAUGUUUCAGAUGAUAAGCCAUAUUUGAGGUUGAUGAAUGAUAGGUGAGCAUUUGAAUGUCCUGCCCGAUGUACUGUAAUUAUCACAUAGAUGAUCUGUCUAACGCCUAGGUCCUGAAGGCCUAACGAGAAGUAUUGAACAAUUGAACAGAACAGACAGUAAUGAGGGAACUAAACGAGACAGGUGAUAAUCAUCAGUAACUAAGGAAACUAUAGGCCUCUUUACAUAGCUGAGCUAAAGCUGCUCUGUGCCUGCUCAAAAUUCUGUAUGAAGAUGUAAUGCCGCAUAAAAGCCUGACUAAAUUAUUACUGCUCUGACCCACUUCAGUCCUUUGAAUCAAAGUGCCACCUCUGAGCAGCAUGUCACAGUAAAGACAUUCAACGCAAUAUAAGAAUGGGGAUAAUUAAUAUAAUAAUUUUGUCAUCAUCCUUUUCCCUAAAAAAUGCAAAUUGCUGUCAUGCAGUGGAUGCGGUAAAACAAAAAUGAAGGCUGUAUCUAGUAGCAAGCAGUAAACUUUUAAUGAAAACAAACUCAGGAUCACAACACUUCUCAGAAUACUCAAAUAGAAAAACACAGGAAACAGAACAACCACUUAUAGGACGCAGAGAUCAGAGCCCAAACAGAACAAACACAGGCAAUAUUCACUAAAGCAAACUAACCAAAGAAAUAAGAAGCAGGUGUUACUUAAUAAAUCAAUGAAAAAGCCUGGAAACAGACAAGCAUACAAACUAGGAAAAACCAAAACAAAAACACAGACAAACCAAUCAUGACCUUAUUUUGUAUUAGAUUUGUUCUAUGCAUAAUUGUGACUGAUACAUGUUAUGGGUGGCAAGUGGAAGCAGUUUUGAUACACUGUAAUACCUACAUUUGUGAAAUGGUUUUGUGUAUUGUUGUGCCUAUUUGAAGGAAAAUAAAAUGUGUGAAUCAUAAAAAAAAUAAGUCAUAACAUAAAUGAUUAUAACUCAUAAAAUUAUAACUCAUCAUCUCUCAUCUUUGUCCUCACAGGUGAAUGUGUACAAAACAGAGCCAGCCCCCUGAAGCGGUUCACCCAGUCCGGUUCUGUCCUUUCAGGGGAUGGCCCGGGUCCAGGAUGGGCACACAGAGGAAUAUGACAGCUCUGUGAUGUUAGAGGACGGUCAGGAUGGCAUGGACAGUGGUAGCCUGACUCCUGGCUCAGCUCGACAGGUCUGCAUCCAACGCCAUCCAAGCCACGGCUUUGGUUUCAUUGCCGGCAGCGAACGGCCUGUCGUUGUACGCUCUGUUUCAGCGGAUGGACCAUCAAGUGGCAAGCUUUACCCCGGAGAUCAGAUCCUAGCCAUCAACCAGGAACUCGUGAGCGACGCGCCCCGGGAGAAAGUCAUAGACCUUGUAAGGCGGUGCAAGGACUCGAUUGUUCUCACUGUGCUGCAACCACAACAGUCACCUAAAUCUGCCUUCAUAAGUGCAGCCAAGAAAGCUCGUCUGCGAACCAAUCCCCCCAAAGUGCGCUUUUCUGAGCAAGUGUCCAUCAGCGACCCAGACUCAACCAUGCUUAAAGACGACUCUCUGCUUCUGAUACCAAAUGUGUUGAAGGUGUUUUUGGAAAAUGGACAGAUCAAAUCCUUUACAUUUGACAGCCGCACCACUGUUAGGGAUGUGAUAUCAUCCCUGCAGGAUCGCCUCUCUCUACGCUACAUUGAGCAUUUUGCUUUGGUGCUGGAGUCCGGUGGACUGGCCCAGAAUCAGAGGCUGCAUCUACUCCAGGAAAACCAGCCACUGUCUCAUGUAGUUCACAGGACCUACUUCCAAGGAAUGAAGUGUCUUUUCCGUAUUUGCUUCUUCCCAAAGGACCCUGCUGAUUUACUGAGGAGAGACCCUGCUGCAUUUGAGUACCUCUAUAUUCAGAGCCGCAAUGACGUCAUUAAAGAGCGAUAUGGAAUGGACUGGAAGUCCGAUGUCACACUUAGGUUGGCAGCCCUUCACAUCUACAUCACUGUGUCAAUUGCGAGACCCAAUCAGAAGAUUUCUUUAAAGCACGUUGAGAAAGAAUGGGGAUUGGAACCUUUCCUUCCUUUGACUCUGUUGCCAACUGUUAAGGAGAAAAACGUCUGUAAGAGUCUCUCACAGCUGUUGAAGACAUAUCAGCAUCCUCCACCGGCUGGUAACAAGGUUUCUCCUCUUCAAGGGAAACUACAAUAUAUGCGUGUCUUGAAUGACCUCCCACCAUUUGGAGGCUUCUUGUUUCACACAGUUGGCUUGGAUGAGAAGCAGUCAGCCACUACAUUGUUGGUUGGGCCGAGACACGGUAUCAGUCAUGUUAUUGACCUGAAGAACAACCUAACAACUGUCUUAGCAGAGUUCAGCCGUGUGGCCAAGGUCCAGCUCUUUAGAGAGCAUCAUGGGGUAGCCCGUGUUGAAGUAGUUAUUCUGGAAGCAAAGCCCUUGGUCUUGUUAAUGGAGUGGCCAGAUGCAUCAAACUUUGCUUGUUUGAUCUCUGGCUAUUACAAGCUAUUUGUGGACCCUAAAAGGACAAUCUACUGCAGGAUACCUGGUCAGCCUUAUAUGAUCAAGGCAGAUUCCAGAAGCACCCAUGCCCAAUUCCGCUCCGGAGCCACUGUGUUAAGUGGAAGUCGUCGCGAAGAGAGAGAGGGGUCAUCCAGAGAGGCAACACAGAAGACAUCAGCAUCACCCAUAUCUCAGCACCUUGGCUUGUGCCACAUCCAUUUGAAAGAACAACAACAGAUGCAAGAGCUUCAGAUACAAGCAGAACAGGAGCUUGACAUUAAUGAGAACCUUAUCUCGCAGGUACAGAGUCGCUCACGCACAAAGUCUGACCCCACUCUAAAGAGCACUGAAUCUGUGGCAGAACAAGACGGUCCCACUGAUGACAGUUCAAGCUUCAGGAACAGAGCGAAAACAAUGGAGCCUACACAGAGGUUUUUCUGUGACUCCUGCAAGGCAAAACUCCAAGCUGAAGGUUUGAUCUCAGACACUGGGGAGGCUGGAAGGCUCAUUUUGCAGCAGUGUACAAAUGCAUGUGCUUCUCGUGAAGGAGGUGCUGUUGAUCUCAUUGCCUUACCACUACCUGGGAAUGAGGAAGAUGAAGAGAUAGAUGAUGGAGUAGGAAAGUUGCAGCCUCCCCCUCCUGCCAUAGCAGCACCACCCCCAGGGUUUCGUGAUAACAGCUCUGAUGAAGAUGACCCAAAAAAGGGUCGGAAAGGAAUCAAAGCCUCUGCUGCUGUGGCAGAGGGUCAGGAGGAAGUUCCUGUAACACUGAUUGAUAAUGUGACCACUAGGACAGUUCAAGACCAUGCUCAGGAGUUAGAUGAUGCAUUAGUGUCCACCCUCCAGGCACUGGAAGCACUAGCUGCAUCGGAGGAUUACCCACACCAUCACCAGCAGACACCACAGACAGCAGGGUUGAUUGUGCUUGCUGCCAUAACCCCUGAAUCAUCCCUAGACUCUGGACAUGAGACAAAUUCAUCAGAGCUUACUGAUGUGUCUGAGAUGGUGUCUGCCAUGAAGCAGCAUCAGAACCAGGCAUAUCUAUUUGCCCACCACAUCAACAAAGAGCGACUUUUCAGUCGACGAGACUUCCCUUUGUCAAUUCCUGGCUGUACAACACAAGCAAUUGGGGGAGGAGCCUUUUCAAUGAGUCAGAUCCGUGGUGGGUGUCCACCAAAGCCUGUGAUCUUAAGUAAGACUGUGCCCUUGAAAGUAUGUCCCAGUCAAGAAAUUAGUCCAUCUGACAACUCUGUGGAGCAGGGGAAGAGCCAAGAAGCAAAAAGUGAGAAGGAUAUAGAACAAUCAGAAAAAUGCCCCGUCAAAGAGUGCUUAGAAGAGUCUGAACAACAGACAUCUGAAAAACUUAAAGCAUCAGAACAAGUUUGUCCUCCCCAAGUCAACAAAGAUCAAUUGCCUCUUGCUAAUGAAGAAAAACCAAGCUCCAUUACCUCAGAAGGUGUCCAGGAAAAAAAUUCUGGUACAGUCACCCUAGAAACUACCAGUAUAGCCUUACCUGUUCUCUUGCCUGUGGAUAGAACUGCAUCUGCAAAAAUUUGUUCGACAAAUGUGUGCCAAGAUGCCGAGAAUGCCUCAAGUGAGACCACUAAGCCUUCAAGUUCAAAGGUCCUUCUGCCAGCUGCUGACUUGUUCUGCACAUGUCCAGUAAGACCAGAGCCUGGUCCACAGGUGCGUCUGAAAGAUCAACAGGCCCCAAAAGUGGUAGUGUUUCACACUUCGUCUCCCACAGAUGAUGAACAUCUCCGUGCUAAAGGACUUCAGUUAACUAGCAACAAAGAGAACACAGUGAAGACAUCUGAUGCAAGCUUGGUGAAGCCUAGCACCCUGCCUCCUAAGUACUCACCAGUUAUGCCUGUUAAAGUAGAACGGAAAGAGAUGUCAGAGGCAAAAGCAGAGAACUCCCAGAGUAAAGCUCCCGUGGAACCACAGAAAGCUGCUAAAAGUCUGCCUGUUCUGGUAGACCCAACACACAUCUUAGGUUGUGUGGAAAAGGGUGCAACUAUCCCAGGAGCCGAGUACAAGAAACAGACAAAUAAAGCCAAAUCCCAGCGUAGUACUCCAUUCCUGAGUUUCAGGAACUUAAUUUCAGCCACUUUCCCAGCACGCUUGCGCAGAGAGACAGAUGAACGUCGUGCACAACUUCAAAAAGUCAGGCAGUACGAGCUAGAGUUCCUGGAGGAGCUCCUAAAACCUAAAACAUCACAAGGAGAGUUCAUUUCACAGGGAUCCUCUCCUGUUCCCUCAUUUACCCCAUGUGCCUGCCAACUUCGCACAAGUCCUGUACAGAAAGUUCCUGGGAUCUCACGAGAACAGCGACGCAGCUGCGAUUGUAAAAGAAUGUGCCGCGGAAUGCGUCUCCCAGAUACAGCGGUUGGUUCUGCAACAGAUCAGAGAGGAAGAGAGAGGGCAAUCUCUAAAACACCCCCAGCUAUUCCAAAGUCUCCACACGCUCAAGGAGAAUUACGGAAACCUCAGACUUUGGAAAUCAAAACCACUCGAAUCCGCUCCACAAGCCUUGAGUCUAGGGAACCCAGAGAUACACCAUCAUGCUUGCCUACGUGCACCACCCAUUCAGAAUGCAUGGGUGCGCCACAAUAUAAAAAGCUACAAAGGAGAUAUAGUAUAGGGGAGAUCGAUAAUAAUGGCAGCACGCCCCUGUAUGCUGAGGUUAAAACUACAAAAGCAAAGAGCCUUGAGAAAGAAAUGGAAAGAGUCAGGGCCACUGGACUUAGACUUCCAACUCCAGUGGAACCUGUACAUACUAAAGAUGGGGAUGCAAAGAAGAAAGGGAUAUUUUUUAUUCAGGGAGAAGAGCUACUUCAGGAAAGUCGUGAGGGUACUGCUGAGGUUCUAGGGUUGCCAAGUGAGGAUACAGAGGACAGAGAAAAAUGUUGCUCCUUCUGCUUCUGUUAUCGCAAAUGUGAAGCUGCUGAUGAGAGCAGUGAAAAAGAUGAACUGUCUUAUUCAGUCCCCUUGCAGGUCUUGCCUGGAAUGCAUCUAGAUUCAAGGGCAAUGCCAGUAGUCAGCAAAACUCUUCAGGUACUUGAUGCAGAGGAUUGCAGUGGGGAGGAGGAGGAGGAGGAAGAGGAGCCACAAACACAGAGGAUUGAUCUGCGGACAUGCGGGAACCUGGAAACUAGUUUGGCAAGAGUACAAUCCUUGCAGGGCAAAACAUUCUCUCUACCUGAUGGAUUCCUAAAUGCACAACUUGAUGCCAAUGAGCUGCUCUCAAUUUUAAGGCAGUGUGCCAAUAGUCCCCAAACAGAGGGGGAACCUCGUAUCCCCCCUGCAAGGCUGGCAGAGUACAAGCAAGAACUUGCAGUCCGUUUUAAAGAGUUCAGGGCAUCAUGUAGACGAGUGGCAAGUGUUGAGAAAAGUCCCUCACGAAUGCUAAGUGCUGUCACAGCUAGCUUUCAGGUGCUGUGCAAUCUUACUCAUACAUUCAUUCGGCUGGUCAGGGGUGUACGAUCUGAAACUCAAAAACUACAGCUUUUACGUAAGGUAGAGGAGGUAGCUGUCAAUUACACCCUUCUUCUUCGGGCUGCCGAAGAGGCAAUGGGGCAUUCAAGUAGCCUCCCCAAUAAGAGUGCAAGUCCUCAGCUCCAUAUAUCCACUAACAUGGGCUCUCUUAAUCGCUCUAUCAAAACCUUGCCCAGCAAGUAAUGACUCAUUCACACGAGAUUGUGGGGCAGACCGGAAAGACAACUGCUCAACUCUCUGGCAGGAAUCUCUUCGGAUCAUUCAUUGGUUUACAUUUUUACUCGCCUUUCUGUUCACUGCCUGCUAAAUUCCAUUAUUGCAUAACUAUCUACUGUUAUAUGUUUAAGAAGGUUGUGCCACCUUGUACUCACAAAGGAUCAUUGACAUUGUAUGUGCACAGAAUUGAGGAAAAAAAAUACAACUGAUUCUGUGCAUUAUGGGUGAUCAACAGGGCUGUUCACUCUCCUGUCCUUAGAGAUAAGGGUACUGUGAAAAGGACUUAGUUUUUGUAUGUUUAGUUCCUAUAUCUAAAUCACAAAAUGAUCUUGGGAAGGGCUGGUGGGAAUAGGGCCUUAGUUAUUUUGUGUCAUAAAAAUGGUUUCUAUAAUAUAUUAUGGGGAAAAUUAUAUUAUCAUUAUUGCAACUACAAUUACUGUAGACAUUAAAGCUACAUAAUCUAAAAAAAAAAAAAAAAAAAAGAAAGAAAAUUUAAUGGUAACAGAUUUUGUAAAUUAGGUAGAGAGAGAAAUGGUAAUUUGGUAAUGUGCUUGCUAUUCAAUUUUGUUUGUUGUGACAUGAAAUACUCCCUUUUCACAAUAUCACAUUCACAAUGUCUGGAUUUGUAUCUCUGCAAGGGUCUGAAUCGACACUUUUUAAUGAAUAUUUAUGAACACAAGAGCCUACUAACAAGAUAGUGGAAGGAAACACCUGCCCAGGGUAGACAAUGUAGCAGAUUCAAAUUCACCGGAAUAUUAAUUAAAAGGAUACAAUGGUUGAUCUGAGACCAAGAUGAAAAAGGGCGGUCCUGUUUUCUAAUGCACAAAAAAAAAAAAAAAAAAAAAAAAAAAAAAAUCCUUUUUUCACUUUCACACCCACAUACUCAUCCAGCUCUAUACCUCAUACAUGUAGAGGCAAAAAGUGUUUUUUGUUUUUGUUUUGUUUUUGUAUUGGAGGAGUGGGCUGGGUUCUUGAUAGUCUAAUAAUUUUGUGCAAUCACUAAAAAAAGCUUGUGUAUAUAAAAUAAAAUAAAACAUUUUGUUUUCACAUAUAGCCUAUACAAGUACACAGAUAACCAAUGUUUCACAAUAUAUCUUUUUUUUAAAUAUUGCUUUAAUGUUUUUCUUCUGUCCCGUAAUUUGAAAUGUCUUAUAUGUAGAAAACUUUAUUUUUUCAUUUUCAUGUGAUGUCACCCAUUGUGCACUCCUGAGAACAUAA